AUGCAUACAAACCCUUUUUGUCACUUUCUAUCUAUCUAUCUAUCUAUCUAUCUACAUAUCUCACGUAUUCCAUUCGUUUCAAUCAGUUUUUUAUCUUUUUUAUCACAAAUCUCAUAUUCGUUUUCUAAAUUAUCAUUUUCUCUCAUUCCUUUUUUUAUUUACUUUUUAAUUUUCUGUUACCUAUCUAUCACGUUUAUCCCACUUUUCUCAUUUCUUUUUCUUUUCUGUCACUUUCUGGCAUCCUUUCUGUCUUUCUAUCAUUCUUCUUCUUCUCUAUCGCUUUCUGUCAUUUCUUCUUUCUUUCUAUUGCUGUCGGUCAAUUUUUCUACUUUCCUGUCACCCUCUGUCAUUAUUUCUCCCCUUUUGUCACUUUCUGUCGAUCUUUCUACCUUUUCUGCUCUGUCAUCAAUUAAAGGCAAAAGAACUGCUGCUUUCACCAAUAAACAAAUGCCUGAUAAAUUAGAAUGA